AUGUUUUUAGCGAUCCUUUUCAGUCUCUCACUGAAUCUAUGGCUCUGUGAGGCUGGAAGUGUGAUCAUUUUGGAUCAAGAAGUACCAUAUGUCAAAACCGGUGAUACCAAGGUCAAACUUGAGGAUGCAAUGCUUCAGAGAAGAGUUGCUCGAAACUGCAAGGAACUUCAUGAAAAAUAUCAGGUUUAUGAUGAUCUUUAUUAUCUGAACUCAUCAAGAGGAGUCCUUUACCAGAUGUUCUGUGAUAUGACCACUGCUGGCGGCGGCUGGACGCUGGUUGCCAGUGUUCAUGAAAACAACAUGUAUGGAAAGUGUACUCUUGGUGAUCGCUGGUCUAAUCAGCAGGGCAGUGACCCAAACCGGCCUGAUGGAGAGGGCACAUGGGCCGACACAGUCACAUUCGGAACAGCAGAGUCCUCUACAAGUGAUGAUUAUAAGAACCCUGGAUACUAUGACAUUGCGGCACAAGAUGUGUCUGUGUGGCAUGUUCCUAAUAAUAUUGAUUUGGAACAGUGGUCCGCUUCCUCCAUCCUGCGAUACCACACGGAAAAUCACUUCUUAAACCUCUACGGAGGAAACCUUUUCUAUUUAUUCAAGAAAUUCCCUGUGAGGUUUGCAUUAGGUGCAUGCCUCACUGAUAAUGGACCUGCUAUUCCAAUAGUGUAUGAUACCGGAAAUGUGGAUUACAACAAAAACUUGUACGGUCCCAAUUCAAGACAAAUAUUAACACCUGGAUUCAUCGCAUUCAGAGUCUUUAAUACCGAAGGGGCAGCCAUGGCUCUUUGUUCAGGUGUCAAACCAACCGCCUGUCACACUGAACAUUUCUGUAUUGGUGGAGGUGGACACUUUCCUGAAGCCACCCCUAGACAGUGUGGGGACUUUACGAGCUUUGACUGGGAUGGAUAUGGUACUAAUAAGGGAUGGAGUGCUUCCAAAGAGAUAACCGAGGCAGCUGUGCUUCUCUUUUAUCGCUGACAUUCUGGUCAAUCUAUAAUCGCCAGCUUCCUUCCCUUCUUCAUUCUGAGAUAUUCCAUAUUGAUUAACAUUAGAAUGUUAGAUAGACAAU